CUCCAAAUCAGCAUAGGUAUCCUCCUGCUUUCUACCAUCACAUCGCAUUCAAAAAAUCAGAGUAUUGAUAACUGGCACAUCGCAUACGUCCACUGUCACCACGCUUUCCAUACGAUACGGGUCGGCACACUGUAUUCAAGAAAGUGGCUAUAAAUCCCCUGUCGCAACUCCAAAAACCACUGUCGCAGAGCUUUGGAACAUCGCCAGUCGCAUUCGGAGUCGCAGUCGCGUAUUCUCCCAGUCAAGUUCUUGCGCCUGUCAACCCAGAACUGGUCGGUGUACAGAGUUGCCCCAGCACAAGAAACAAGUACAGUGUAAGCAACGACCCAAGAAAGAAUAUCAGCAGUCGUCUGUUCUCUCCUGGCGCACCACGUUUCUUGAGCAGAGGGCCAAUUGAGAGUUCAAUUCGCAGCUGCUCAUUCACGUUGCCUGUGGUCUACGAUACGACGUGCCGCUGCGUUGGUUGGUUCGGCGUUUUGAACCCGCAGAUCUUGAAGCUUCCUACAUCAAAGAAGCACUUCUAGUUCCAUGACCAGUUCCCCCAGCCAGACCUUUGCUAAUACAGCUUCUCAGGAUAGCUUCUGCCAGACAACUUAAUUAAUUCAGCUUUUCAUCAUUAUGGCUGAAGUCGAAACCCCUGUUGUUCCUCCUCAAGAGGAAACUCCAGUCGAAUCUCAAUCUACAGAUGAAGCCACUAACGUUGCAUCAGAAGCCGAUACAGAGACAGAAAAGGAGGCUCCUCCAAAAGAGAGUACCAAUGGCGUUAAGAAGGAAACUGUGCCUCCAAAGCGAUCGGGAAUCUUGGGUGGUGUAAAGCGAGCCACCUCCUCUGCCUCCUCUGCAACAAAACCCACCGCAUCAUCUGCUGCCACAAGAACAACUGGUGGAUUGACCAAACCCCCUGUUCGAUCGGUUCCUGGAUCAACGGUCCGAAAACCAACAAGUGCGACUGCACCAACAUCUUCAAGCGCUGGGCAUAAAUCUCAAUCAUCAAUUGGAGGUUCAGGCGAUGAUAAGAAGAAGCCAUUGGCGAGCAACAUCAGGAGAACCUCUCUUGCUCCCUCGAGCAGUUCUACUGGAAAGCCCGAAUCUUUGGCUGAAAAGCGUGGAUCAGUUUCAUCUGUAUCAACUGCGCGCAGACCAACCACUUCCACAAGCUCUCUAAGCCCUAAGGCUCCUGUUAAGCCAGCUGCUACAUCAUCCAGAACAGCGACAAGCUCUAUCGCAUCGACCAGCAGAUCAGCCCCAAUUACGAAGCCAGCAGCUUCUGGAACUGUGGCCGACGCAAAGAAGAGAUUGUCUGGUGUCUCUGGGCCACCCGCCACAGCUAGAACCGCUCGUUCAGCAAGUGCUACCCCGGCAGUAUCUUCAAAGGAAAUUGAGGAAUUGAAGACAAAGUUAGCUGAGAGUGAAUCGAAGGUGGAGGAGCUUACGGCACAAAUCGCCUCUUCUCAGGCAAAAUUGGCCGAGACCGGAAAGCAGGUCGAAUUAGAGGCAGCACGUAUCAGCGAAGCAGAGGAGAACAUUCGAAAUGAGCACAGCGCGCUGGUAGAGAAUUUGCGUGAAAAACACAAAGCGGAUGUCGAGGCAUUACAAGCUCAAUUGGAGGAGGCCGAAAAGGCUAAGGCAGCUGCCGAGGAAUCAUCAGUGAAGGCCAUCGAAGACGCACAACAGGCUGCGAGUGCAAAGGGAGAAACCGAGACAGCGGAAGCCUUGGAAAAGCUCAGAUCUGAGCAUGUCUCUUCUUUGGCAGCACUUGAGGCAGAAUUAUCUAGUGCAAAAGGCGCAAGUGUAGCUGCACAGACGGCUGCUUCCGAACAAGCAUCAGAAUUGGCCGCAUUGAAAUUGCAGCUUGAGCAAGGAAAAGCAGAGCUAGAUUCUCUGAAAGCGGAGCAUGAAGGGGCUUUAAACUCGCUGAAGAAAUCCCUCGAAGCCGAACAUGCUUCUACAAUCGAGGCAUUGAAAGCUGCACACUUAGAAGAUAUCGCCAAAGGCAACACGGAUGUUACUUCAACCUUUGAAAAGCAGCUUGCGGAGUUGAAUGAGAAGCACGCUUCUACAACCAGCGAACUUCAGAAGCAAAUCGAAGCAGCCAACGCAGCCCGCUCCGAAUUAGAGUCGUCCCAUAAAGGCAGCCUUGAGGCUCAUCAAGCUGAAUCGAAAGCCGCUCUAUCAAAGCUUGAAGAGGAGCUGGCUACUUUGAAGGCAAAAUCCGAAGCUGACCUGGCGUUGUUAAUCGAAUCAACGGAAAGCAGCAGCACAUUAGCAUCGAAGCUUGAAGCAGCACAGCAGCAAUUGAUAUUGGCACAAGAAGAGCAAAAAGCUGCAGCAGACAAAUACGAACAGUUGCAAACCAGAGGCUCCGAAGACGAAAAAUCGUUAGAAUCAAUCAAGGAUGAACUGGCCAGCGCCAAACAGCAGAUUGAAUCCCUCAAGAAUAUGAUUGAAAAAUUGGAUGCGGAAGGGCGCUCCAAGGACGAGUUGCAUAACCAGUUGAAAUCGGAGCUUGCUCAGACUGCACAACGCCUCGAGGAAAAGACCAAGGAGAUCGUCGAAUUGCAAGAGAAACACAAAACAGAGCAAGAACGCCAUCAAAUUGCCCUUGACAAGAUUACCAAGGAGUAUGAAGCUGAAAUCGAAGCGCGCCAAGGCCAUUCAGCUGUCAUAGAGGAAUAUGAGGCACUGAAACUCAAGCAUGACGAGCUUUCCAAAGCCCACAAGGAGAUCACAGCGUCGCACGCCGAAGCCCUAGAAGCUGCAAAGCAAGAACACGCCGCUGCUGUUGCUCAGUUGGAUAUUGCAGAAACUGCCCACAACAAGGCUCUCGAGGAAUUGAAGUCUACUCAUGCAAAGAAUUUGGAUGAGGCCCAUGACAGAGCUAUUACCGCUGGCCAUGCAGCCCAAGCAAUCGAACGAGAACAGCUGAAAGCUACUCAUGCCGAAGCUCUGAAUGGACUGCAGAGGGAUUUCAUUGCGAGCCAAGCAACAGCAUCAUCAACCGCUGAGCAACUCAAAGCUGCCCAGGACGCGAUGAACGCGCAGGUUGCAAAGUCUAACGAGUCGCUCGCUGCUUUGAAGGCAGAGUUGGAUUCCGCAUUGGAAGAUUUGGCAGGGGAGAAGAUGGCCAAAUUUAUUGCAGAGGCUGAACUUGAUGCCAUAACAUCCAAGAAGCCGGACACGUCAGAAAUUGAUGCCCUCCGAGCUGAAUUGUCAGCCCUCAAGUCCAAGAAGCCUGACACCUCCGAAGCGGAUGCUCUUCGAGCUGAGUUGGAGGCCCUCAUAUCCAAAAAGCCUGAUACUUCUGAGGCGGAUGCUCUUCGAGCCGAGCUGGAGGCUCUGAAAUCAAAGAAACCAGAUACUUCUGAAGCAGACGCUUUGAGAAAGGACCUGCAGACGUUGAAAGACCAACAUCAAGCUUCUCUAAUGACUGCUCAGCAGGAAUCAGCGAAGUCCACGGAGGAACACCUGGCAACAAAGGCUGCUUUGGACAAGUUCCAGGCUGAGCUUGAAAAGCAGAAAUUGGAAGCAGAACAACAAGCCAAGACUUCACAAUCCGAUUACCAAUCUCUGCUUGAUAGUAUGGGUGAGUUGGUAGAGGAUGGAAACAAGAAAGCCGCAGAGCUCGAGGCGAGACUCAAGGAAGCAGAGGCAAAACUCAAGGUCAAAGACGCCGAACUUGCAGAAGCAAAGGUAUGUGGACUAUCUUAACAAUGGGGUAUAUACUUUUUACUCACGUCUACAUUUAGACUAAGAUCGGAUGUCUCUCAUCCCAAAAGACACCAUUCAGUGCUGGCCUCUCGGCAAGCAAAUAUGCUACAGCAGAUGACUCUGCCGAUGGACCAAGUAAAGAUGCAGAGUCAAAGACGGCAGAAGGUGAGCAUGACAGUUCGUCUGCCGCACUUGCCUCGGUCCGAUACCCUUUUUUAUUACCCACAAUGUUUUCUUUUUUUUCCCUUGCUCGUCAUUGAUACAGAAACUUGACGGAAUUUACUAACGAUAUUUGAUCAUAUAGUUGGCGAAAGCUAAAGUUGCCGCUGCGCAGCUUGAGGAAAUGAACGAGGAUGCGAAAAAAGACAAUCUAAGGUAAUUUUACGAGUCUUUUACGUCUUUUUUGUGCGCUAACCACUGCCAGAUCUCUUGAAUCUAUCACGGAUCCUGCUCCUAGCCUUGCUGUCUAGAAUUCGCCAUGCCACAUGAACUUCCAACCUUUCUACACCUACGAUACCCCAUGUUCUAUCUUUCUUCAAGUGGUUCGCCAAACCCACCACAGUUCGAUCGACACUUUUAAUAGCCAUUAGGCUGCCCUUCUGUCACUCCUCUUCAUCGUCUUUACUUCUCAGCAAUCUGCUUGACUUGCGCCAAAUAAAUUGCGAUACCCCUCUAUACCCUUUAUUGUUGUCAUAAUAUCUGUCUGAAAAUACCUCUCCGUCCAUACCAAAUGCUAUGAUUCCGUAGCUGCUUCUUUUGAGAUCCACUUGCUACAACCCUUUGGGGUUGGAGAUGUUGCAUUUGUCUGGUGGAUGUCUUGGUUGUUGUGGGGUGGAUUUUAGACACAAUCUCGACAAGUUUUUUGAUUGAGAUUGGCUGGUGGAUAGUGGUUGUUGUACUCGGAAUGUUGUACCUUUGGAGAAUGAGAAUGAUUUUUUUCUGAUGAGCCUGAAUUUGUGAAAACUCGUCAAAAUCUUGAUCUUGGAGACAUGUGCAUUUUUCGCGUAUGGACAGAAGCGGUAAUCAUAUAAAGUAGGUAUGCUUCCGACGUAGGGGAAAUACAUUUCCACAAUAGAACAUACGAGCU